UGAUUACCCAAAUUCAACGCCCGCCUCUCCCAGACAAGCACGAUUAAUGAAAUCAUUGUUCGGAUCAAAAGAUGAAAUUUAUUUUAUCGUAAGCUAACAAACGGGACACUUUUAGGAGCCAAAUUGCCAAUUAUGUUGUUAAUUAAACUCCCAUCUGACAAGAUUUUUUGCUAUAAAUAGAACCCCAUAUCCUCCUCCCCUGUUUCAACAGUCUCUGUUUUUUCUCCCUUUCCUCCUCCUAGUCUAACCUCUGUAGUUUUCACGCGUUUCCAUACAUCUCUGCCAUUAGUCCAUCAGUGACUGGCCUGCGGAGGUGCGUGAAGCUGCCGCAUUUAUUCAGUCAUUCACCAUAACUUUCUUUUCUUCAUUGGGUAUUUUUCUGCUAUAGAGUAUAGAGACCCGCCAUUGGUGAGAAUCUGAACCGAGCUGCUGAAUCUUUUUACUAGCAUUGCACCCACUUUUGAGUUUCAAAUUCAUUUAUUCCAACCAAUUCAGUUUUCUAUGAUUUCCACGGAGUUGCUGUGAUUUUUGUUCAACUUACAGCUAUCAUAGCCUUUUUGUUUUUUCUGUUUUAUUUUGGGCUUCUUUCUUUAGCGGAAGAAGUACAAAUUUUCAGCAUCAUGCAUUUUUUGACUCUUUUAACACAUUUCACAUUUCACGUGGUUCAGUACUGGAAUUUGGGGGCUCAACAAUAAUUGGAUGUAUUUACUCUGUUCAAAGUUCUAACUGUAUACAUUUGACCAAAUGCUGUUCCAUUGAUUUCAUUCUAUCUCAUUUCUACUGUUCCUUCGGUGUCAAUAUCAUCUGAUAAACCCUUGAAAUUAUGUGAUUCCUGAAGGUCUGAUUGGAGCAACAAGAUGGGUAGAUCUUCUUUACUGCUUUUUGGGAUUGCAGUAUUACUCUGCUGGGCAGCUAUAGCAGAAGCAGAGUAUAUGGCAUACAAGGAUCCAAAACAACCACUCAACACCAGAAUAAAGGAUUUGAUGAAGAGGAUGACCUUAGCUGAGAAAAUCGGCCAAAUGACGCAAAUCGAUCGCACUGUUGCAACCAAAGCGGUCAUGCAAAAAUACAUGAUAGGGAGUAUCUUGAGUGGUGGAGGUAGUGUUCCUGCAAAACAGGCUUCCCCACAGACAUGGGUUAACAUGGUCAACGAUUUCCAGAAAGGUUCAUUGUCUACACGUCUGGGGAUCCCCAUGAUUUAUGGGAUUGAUGCUGUCCAUGGUCACAAUAACGUGUACAAGGCUACCAUUUUUCCCCACAAUGUUGGUCUUGGAGCUACCAGGGAUCCUGUACUUGUUAAGAAAAUUGGAGCUGCAACUGCGCUUGAAGUCAGAGCUACAGGCAUUCAAUAUGCUUUUGCACCUUGUAUUGCGGUAUGCAGAGACCCCAGAUGGGGAAGAUGUUAUGAAAGUUACAGUGAGGAUCCCAGCAUUGUGCGGGCAAUGACUGAGAUCAUUCCAGGAUUACAAGGAGAUUUACCCAAUAACAAGAAAGGAAUACCUUAUGUUGCUGGACAAAACAAGGUUGCUGCUUGUGCUAAGCACUACGUGGGUGAUGGAGGAACAACAGAGGGAAUUAAUGAGAAUAACACAGUGAUUAACAGCCAUGGAUUGUUUAGCAUUCACAUGCCGGCCUACUAUAAUGCCAUUAUUGAGGGUGUUUCCACUGUGAUGGUUUCCUAUUCGAGCUGGAAUGGAGUCAAGAUGCAUUCUAAUCGAAAACUUAUCACUGACUUCCUCAAGAACACACUUAACUUCAGGGGCUUUGUCAUCUCAGAUUGGCAGGGUAUUGACAGAAUGACCUCUCCUCCUCACAAGAACUACACAUGGUCGAUUCUCACCGGUGUAAAUGCUGGCAUUGACAUGAUCAUGGUUCCAUACGACUAUAACGAAUUCAUCAAUGGUCUAACCAACUUAGUGAAGCGCAACUUUGUGCCCAUGAGUCGCAUUGAUGAUGCAGUGCAGAGGAUUUUGAGGGUGAAAUUCACAAUGGGCCUGUUUGAGCACCCGUUGGCUGAUUAUAGCAUGACCAAAUACCUUGGAGCUCCGGAACAUAGGGCCCUGGCCAGAGAAGCAGUGAGGAAGUCUCUUGUACUGCUGAAAAAUGGUGAAUCCGCAGACAAGCCAUUGUUACCACUCCCAAAGAAGGCAAAAAGCAUCCUAGUUGCGGGAACUCAUGCUGACAACAUUGGUUAUCAGUGUGGAGGCUGGACAAUUGAAUGGCAAGGACUAAGCGGCAACAUUACCGCGGGUACCACGAUCCUGAAUGCUAUAAGAAACACGGUCGAUCACACCACAGAAGUCGUGUACAGUGAGAAGCCCGAUGCUGGAUUCGUCAAGUCCAAGUCCAACAAGUUCGCGUACGCCAUUGUUGUGGUUGGAGAGGUACCAUAUGCUGAAACAAACGGAGACAGCUUGAACUUGACAAUCCCUGAACCAGGGCUCAGUACCAUUUCCAACGUCUGCGGUCAUGUGAAAUGCGUCGUCGUCCUGAUCUCGGGCCGGCCGGUCGUGAUCCAGCCGUAUCUCAGCCAGAUUAAUGCACUUGUAGCUGCUUGGCUUCCGGGAUCAGAAGGGCAAGGAGUUGCGGAUGUUUUGUUUGGGAACCAUGGUUUUACUGGCAAGCUUCCAAGGACAUGGUUCAAGACUGUUGAUCAGUUGCCAAUGAAUGUUGGGGACAAACAUUAUGACCCAUUGUUCCCAUUUGGAUAUGGAUUAACCACAAAACCUGUUAAGGCCUAAACCAACAGCCUUUGAGUUGGAAAAAAGGCCACAUUUUCGAAUUGGUUUCUCCACCAUAUGUAGUUGCGGAAAAUAAUUGUUGCUAGGUGUUUUAUUAACUUUUAUUAUUCAAUAUAGGAGUAUAUCUCUCCUCUCUUUCUUUUCAAAGAUGGUUCUUGAAUCUUGACUCCCUGAUUUUUUUAUCUCUUCCUUUUUUCAUUUCAUUUAUUUCUUUUUCUUUCGGAUUUUAGUUUUUA